AUGACGACGGAAUCCUUCCAUGUCGCCGACAAGGAGCAACAACUACCACUGGACCCUCGCAAAAACCGCCACCGCAGUUGCCUUACAAGGUCGGCACUAAUCUUCGUCCUCAUACUCCUCAUCCUCUUCAUCACCAUCCUCAUCCUUGCCUCCACCGUCUUCAAAACCAAAGACCCAACAACUGAAAUAGUCUCCUCCAAAAUUGACGGCAUCUCACCAAUAGUCAUAUUCCCUCAAUUCAAAGUUGAACUCAACAUCACACUAGACCUCCAGAUCCGUGUCCACAACCCCAACAAAGCCAGUUUCAAGCACGGCACGGCCGCCGCCGCCCUUGUGUACUACAACGGCAGUCAAGUUGCAGUGGCUGAGAUCCCUCCUGGUAUCGUCCCUGCGAAUGGAUAUGAAACUCUUGCUUCCAAGAUGACCCUUGAGGCUGACCAAUUCAUAUCUAAGAUUGGUGAACUAAUUAAAGAUGUGAUGGCAGGAGAAAUUGAGGUUGAGACUAAGGCUACUGUCCCUGGAAGGGUGAAGUUCUUAGGGAUUUUUCACAAACACGUCGUUAGUGUUUCGAAUUGCCGGAUUGUGAUUGGUAUCACCGAUCUCAAGAUUCAGAAACAG